AUCUACCUUUAUUGGUGAUCUACAUGAAAUUUAUAGCUAUAAACAAUUCCCAAAUUACACAUACACAUCAUCCGGUUUAUCUUUAAUCUUUAUAUAUAUAAUCACGCACGUCACGCUAUCCCAACACACACCACCGCAUAGGUGUCUGCCACCUUUUCUUUCACCACCAUUUUGGGAAUUUUAGAUAGAGAAACAAGCACCACCCACUCAGAAUUCUUGAUAUAAUCUCCAUCGCAUAUCGAUAUUUGGAGCGAAUGCUUUGUGUAAUUUGAAAACCCUUUUGAUAUUCAAUAAUCUGGAGAUUUGUGUAUGAGAUGAUCUGUUUAUCGACGGAUUGUUGAUCGAUUUAAAUCACCGCCGUUGCAGUUUACUGUUCCCGGCGACAUGGGUUCGAGUCCGUUUGUGGGCAUUACCGGCGGAACGUCGGAUAAAACCCACGGGUCCCGGUGGCGUGUGCACGACAAUGGCGGUGGUCAUUCACCGACUGUGCACUACCUGUUUGUUUCGUUUCUGUUGUGUAGUUCGGUUGGGGUUUUCUACAUCUUUUAUUUGUUCAACAACCCUAAUUUGAAUUAUAAUAAUUCACUCGGUUGUCAAGAGGAUAACGAUGGUUCAUGGGCAAUCGGAGCUUUCUAUGGUGAUUCCCCUUUUUCUCUUAAACCCAUCGAAGAUAUGAAUAUUUGGGACAACAAAAGUGCAGCAUGGCCUGUAGCAAACCCAAUUUUGACUUGUGAUUCUGUUACUAAUUCUGGGUUCCCAAGUAAUUAUGUUGCUGACCCUUUUCUUUAUGCUAAGGAUGAUUUUCUUUACAUGUUCUUUGAAACCAAGAAUGUGAUAACAAUGCAAGGAGAUAUUGGGGUUGCAAGAAGCAAUGAUAAUGGAGUAAAUUGGGAACAACUAGGAGUAGUUUUGGAUGAAGAUUGGCAUCUUUCACAUCCAUAUGUAUUCAACUACAAUCAUCAAAUAUACAUGAUGCCUCAAGGAAGUGGAACCCGUGACAUUCGUCUUUACAAAGCAAUCGAGUUUCCUUUCAAAUGGAAACUUGAAAAGAUCAUUUUAGAACACCCUUUGGUAAAUUCCGUCAUCAUAUACCACGAAAAUAUGUAUUGGAUUUUCGGUUCUUACCAAACCCGGUUGACUUUCGGUGACCUUGAAAUCUGGUAUAGUAAAACCCCGUUUGGGCCGUGGACCCCACACAUGAAAAACCCGUUUACAGGACCACGAAACGGAGGUCGACCCUUCGUUUACAACCGGAAUCUUUACCGAUUAGGUCACAGUGAAAACAUCCGUGUGUUCAAGAUCGAACAUCUUACAACUCACCAUUACAUAGAAUCGGAAGUCAACUUCAAGGUUGAAAAGUCAACAAAAGGUAUAAACGCAUGGAAUGGGGCCCGAUCUCACCACUUGGAUGUUCAACGGUUGAGAACCGGCGAAUGGGUCGCGGUUGCAGACGGGGACCGGACCCACUUUGGGGAUGUGACAAGUAGACACGUGGUUGGGUGUGGUUUGAUUAUCACCUCCGGUUCAAUCGUUCUUUUAACAUGUUGGUUGCUAGGGUUUAUCAAGUGCUUUAUUCCACUCACACAUAUCAAGAAAAGAAAUGAUUCCAUUUUAAAUUGGGAGAGAUUGAAAUUGAGACUCCGGUUGAAUCAAACAAUCAACCCUAAUACUUACAUGGGUAAGUUUAUUUUAACGGUUCUUUUAAUACUAUCAAUCGUGAUAGCAUGUGUUGGAUUCGGGUACAUGUAUGGGGGAAACGGGUGGGAAAAACCAUAUCCGGUUAACAACCAUUUUUCACAAUUCACUUUAUUAGCAAUGACAUAUGAUGCCCGAAUGUGGAAUUUGAAAAUGUACGUAAAUCAUUAUUCCAAAUGCGCCUCGGUUCGCGAAAUCUUGGUGGUUUGGAACAAAGGGAAACCGCCAAACCCAUCGGAAUUGGAAUCCGCGGUUCCGGUUCGGAUCCGGGUCGAGGAGAAAAACUCGUUGAACAACCGGUUCCGGGUCGACCCGUUUAUCAAAACCAAAGCGGUUCUCGAACUAGACGAUGACAUCAUGAUGAAUUGUGAUGAUCUUGAACGCGGGUUUAAAGUCUGGCGGGAAAACCCGACCCGGUUAGUCGGGUUUUACCCGCGGUUAGUCACCGCGCCGCCACCGUUAAAGUACCGACCCGAGAAACAUGCCCGGAAACAUGACGGUUAUAACAUGGUUUUGACCGGGGCGGCGUUUGUUGACCGGGAAUUUGCGUUUGAGAGGUAUUGGAGUGAGGAAGCGGAAUUGGGAAGGAAAAUGGUGGAUGAGGUUUUUAAUUGUGAGGAUGUUUUGAUGAAUUUUUUAUAUUCCAAUUCUACCCCUGGGGGGCAUUCGGUGGAAUAUAUAAAACCGGCUUGGGCGAUUGAUACAUCCAAGUUUUCCGGGGUUGCGAUUAGUGGGAAUACACAAGCACAUUAUCGGGUGAGGAGUAGGUGUUUGGAGAAGUUUACGGAGUUGUAUGGGGGGAUAACGGAAUGGAAAGUUGGAUUCCGGAGGAGGAAGGACGGUUGGGAUCGAUAGAUCUAUGGAAAGUUUAAUUCCGGAGAAGGAUUGUUGUCAAUUAUGCAAAAAUUUUGGAGUAUAUUUUUUGUAUACAAAGGGUAAUACGGUAGACAAUAAAAGAGAAUGGUUAUUUGAAUAAGCCAUCGAAUUCUGUUUCUAGUUACUUGGUGAAGUCUUGUGUACAGGGACAAUUGAUAUGGUGAUUUAUUCUGUUGUUAUAUCUUAAUAUGGCCGAUGAAAAUUGAAAUAGUAUGAAAAUGAAAUGAACAUGAUUAAUUGCAUGUUGUAGAAGGUAUCUUUAAUCAAUGUUACAAGUAUCUUAAGGGGCUGUUUAAUGUGAUAAGUAUCUUAAGGGAUUGUUUGAUGGUUGUUGACCGAGUCUGAUCUGAUCUAGUCAGAUUGGGUCUAAAGUUCUGAUUGUAUUUGUCUCUGAUUAAAACUGUAUUGUUUGAUUAUGUAUCUGACUGACAGUAUUAAAUGUUGAAAAUAAUCAUUUUACCAUUCUGUUCUAUUUUGUA